UUCACAGGCGUCCUCGCGCACUGAGGCUCAGCUGAGCUGUGAGACGCGCGAGCGGCGUCUUUUAACUGCGAGAAAAUAAAGUUGGACGAAAUUGAUAAAAUAAAAGAAGGACAUUUUUUGUGAACACCGGGAAAGGAGCGUGUUUCAGCCUGAGACGAAGCAGGACGACUCAGAAACGACUAAAGGAUCAAUCCUGCGGAACACUGAGAAGUUUAAUUAAAACUAAAAACACAAAUUUGGUACGACUUGAAAUCCAGAAAUCUCUGAUUCACCAGACUCUUGGAUCUCUCUGCGAGUGUCACGUUUUCUGACGUCUCCCCGCACAUGCAAAUGGCGUGUUGUCUGAAGGACGAGCUGCUGUGUUCCAUCUGCCUGAGCAUUUAUCAAGACCCGGUGAGUUUCGGCUGCGAGCACUACUUCUGCCGUAAGUGCAUCACGGAGCACUGGAGCAGGCAGGAGCACCACGGUACACGCGACUGCCCUGAGUGCAGGAGGACCUUCACCGACCCUCUGCUCUCACCCAGCCUCAAGCUGUCCAACAUCGUGGAGAGGUACUCGGCCUUCCCGCUCGACGCCAUCCUCAACGCCCAGAGAAACACGUACCCCUGCAAGGACCACGAGAAGGUCAAGCUGUUCUGCCUGAACGACAAGAGCCUGGUGUGCUUCUUCUGCGAUGAGCCUGCUUUACACGAGCAGCACCAGGUCACCACCAUUGACGAGGCUUAUGAGGAAAUACAGAGGGAGAUGAAGGAACAGCUGACGGCUCUGCAGGACAGCGAGAGAGGACACACGGAGGCUUUACAUCUGCUGCAGAGACAGCUCACUGAGACCAAGUCCUCAGCUAAAAGCCUGCGAGCCACGAUCGGCGAGGCCUUUGAGCGUCUGCACCGCUUCCUGCGCGAGAGGCAGAAGAGCAUGCUGGAGGAACUGGAGGCCGACACGGCUCGCACCCUGUCCGACAUCGAGCACAAGAUCCAACGCUACAGCCAGCAGCUCCGCGAUGUCAAGGAGGGCAUCCAGAUCCUUCAGGAGAAGCUCAGCGAACCUGGACGGCACGAGUUCCUGGAAGGAGUGGCGCUCACGGCCGAAAGAGAGCAAGUGAUUCGUGGAAGGUAUUGCUGGUGGAAGAUACCAAGAAUAAAAGGCAAAAUACACGAAACCAACCUUACCUACGAAGACUUUCCGACAUCUAAAUACAUGGGUCCGUUACAGUACACCAUCUGGAAGUCUCUGUUUCAGGAUAUCAAUCCAGUGCCUGCCGCUUUGACCCUGGACCCACUGACAGCGCACCAGAGGCUGAUUCUGUCUGACGACUGCACCAUAGUGGCGUACGGUAACCUGCACCCACAGCCUCUGCAGGACUCACCACGCCGCUUUGAUGUCGAGGUGUCUGUACUGGGGGCAGAGGGCUUCUGCUCAGGAGUGCACUACUGGGAGGUGAUGGUCUCGGAGAAGACCCAGUGGAUGAUCGGCGUCGCCAACGAGACGGUCAGCCGCAAGGGCAGCAUCCAGAUCAGCCCGAGCCGUGGCUUCUACUGCAUCGUCAUGCAUGACGGCAACCAGUACAGCGCCUGCACCGAGCCCUGGACCCGCCUCAAUGUCAAGAGCAAGCUGGAGAAAGUGGGUGUGUACCUAGACUACCCCAAAGGCCUGCUAGUCUUCUACAACGCCGACGACAUGUCCUGGCUCUACACGUACCGAGAGAAGUUCCCAGCCAAGCUGUUCCCGUACUUCAGCCCCGGACAGAGUCACGCUAACGGAAAGAACGUGCAGCCGUUACGGAUCAACACCGUGCGACUAUAAGCCGCCCUUCUGAUUCAACCUGAAGUCUUCAACAGACCAGUAGUGUUUGGUUUUUGUUGUUUUGGUGCUUUAUUUUUAAGUUCUGGCUCAGAACACCAGACGCGCUUUACAGCACCGUGACCUCGAAUAUUUUACAGUUCCAGUUUUCAGCAGUGCGGUGCAUCGGGAAACGGCCGGGGGAAUGCGUAUACUUUCUGAUGCGACGUUUCCUCUGUGGGCUUUUUGUACAUUCAGUAUUUCUGGUCAUUUGUAAUCGUGCCGUGGCUCUCUCGCUCUCCCAGCUGCUUCACACACACACACACACACACACACACACACACACACACACACACACACACACACACACACGCGCGCGCGCUCCGACUCAUAUCCUGUCAGCCUCCAGAGGCCAAGUGCGCACUCUCAGCCCUCUUCUGCUUGGAGAGAGGGAGAGAGCACAUGAGAGAGAGGGAGAGAGAGAGAGAACAAGCGAGUGUGAGUGAGAGAUGGAGAGAGCGAGGGAGAGCACUUCUGUUGUGUAUCGGAGCUCAAAAUGUGAAGAAGUGUUGCUUUUUAUUCCUUGUGCAGUCAUUUCUGUCAUGUUCUGUGGAAUGUCCUGUACUCAAGACCACUAUUCUUUUCUCUUCUUUAUUUUAUCUUCUUCAUUUCCCUGUGAUUAAUGAGAUAAGAUUGUGUGUGUGUGUGUGUGUGUGUGUGUGUGUGUGUGUGUGUGUGUGUGUGUGUGUUUUUAAGGAUUUAUUCUCUACCGUUCACCCCUGUGAUGAGGUAAUGAGAAUGGCACGUCUUCUGCUGCUCAGGUGACCUUUAUCCACGUCUGCGGUCUUUGCAGUCGGCCAGCGGUAAUUGCGGUGUCCGGGGGGGUGGGGGCAUGUGUGAGUUUGAGUCUGUCUCUAACACUCGUGUUUUAUGUCCUGUUUGAGAUUCAGGACACAGCAGGUAGAACGAAGUCGCGUCACCUGGGCAUUAAGUAAAGAAUCAUCAGAGAAGCAUCAGAGUUAGUGCUACAACACAGAGCGAAAUAUUUUGCACACGCCAAAGUGUUUUAUUUCUCUUAUACCACAGCCAGCGAUAACAACUCAACAAUUUAAUGUCGGGGAAACGUUCGUUAUAGCGGCUGUUAACAGUUCACUUCACCAGCAUCUCAUUUUUCUCUUUCUUCAGGUUUAGAAAAAAAUGAGAAAGGAAAAUAAUGAUAAUAAUAAUAAUAAUAAUAAUAACCCAGUUUUUUUAAUGUUACAGAAAGAUCACAAUUUUCUGUUCUCUGAAGACUUUCCUGUGGCGUGCAUUCAAAAAAAUAAAAAAUAAAUAAAUCACCAUAUCGACGGUUUUAUUUUCCAAUGAAUUUUUGCUAUAUUGCAGUUUUUUCGUGAAGCUCUUCCUCUAUACAAGUCCGUGUGACCGAGCUGUUACUAUAGAAAUCUUAACCACUCAAAAGGCUGCGGUAUAAAACACGCCACGUCCUGGCGCACCGUCGGCGAUCGAGUGACUCCGAGCACUUCUUGUCCCGUUCACGUCGUUUAAAACGUUUACUUCUAACGUUCCUUUAUUCCGAGCCAUGCUUUUAUUUUCCUGGACGUCCGACCGAGACGGACGGUGUGUCGAAACAAGCAAGGGCUGUUACCGUGUCGGACCAUCUGUCACCUCGAGCACGUUUAAGAGGCAGAAAUGGUGCCGAGGCGGUCGCUUGAUUUACACAAAUUCAAACUCGAUCCAUUCCAUGUGUAUAUUUAUAUUAAAAAAAAAAAAGGGCCAAACAUUUUAAUUUCUAUUGUUCAUGUAAAUAAUUAAUGUUUUGUUUUUUUUUUCUCUUGUGGUGUGUUGAGUGACGUCAGAGCUCAUAGAGUCUUACAUGAAAGCGCUUCGUUCCUCGUUCCUUCGUCCUGAACCGUCGUCCUCGCUACUACGGAGUAAACGUUCGCUACGGCGAAAUCCUCGGGGUUUAUAAACCCCGCCUUCUUUUGUGUUAACGCUUCAGGGAGACUUUACAAUUUCUUUUUUUUUUUAUUUGUGGCUUUGUUCCCACAGCAGCAAUAUAACCACUUCCACAUAUGUAACAGGAACUAAAAGUAAACGUGCUCUGGAGUCGAUCAUCUGACUUUGUGAUGUUUAAAACGAGGCUUUCAUGCAAAACUUUCACACAGUGCCACGUGAACCAAACGAAAGCCAAAUAUCAUGGAGUCUGACCGGAGAAAGAAACGGAGACGCUCCUGAAUAUCACGUACUGCUUAAUACUACAAUUUAUAAACAGUCGCUCUGCAAUUUUCCGUCCUUUCACUUUUCCCUUUUUAACCAUUUCUUGAGCAAAAGCACAAAACUCACUUUAAACUCUAAACUAUUAUCUCCUUAGAUUAAAUUUCUUCUUCUUCUUUUUUAUUUAUAUUUAUGACGUGAGGACUCCAGGAUCGACAUAAAGACGACAUAAAACACAGAUACGGUCACGGAUCCACGAGCGAUUGGUUUGAACGAACGGGGCUUCGGUUUUUGUCUACCGGGAUUCGAUUGGCUUGUAAAAAGUACCCCACACUAGCAUGCACUCCAUUUUACGACCAUGGAUGACGAAGGACAUCCACCCAACCGCAUAAGUAUUGGCACCCCGGUUAAAAAUGAAGCCAUGAUUAAAACGCCAAUGCUGUCGUUUGUGCUACAAUUAUAGACAGAUUCAACAGAACAACCAAUAACUCUAAGGUACACUAACAACCCCACCCACACACCCCACACACACCCAUGUUGAUGCCCUCUAUAGUUAUCGGUUGUUCUUUUCUUUGUCCCGCCUACAAUUCUAUCAUAAAUUAAAAAUAUUCCAGAAUCUGUCGCCGCACGUUAGUGGAAAGUUCCAUGUCCAGGACAAGAUUUGUACAAACCGCUGACCAAGACCGCGAGUCGAGAGGAUUUAAAUAGAUCUAAAUACGUUUCUUUGACACUAACGAGCAUUAAGUUUUGGCACCAUCUGUGCCGAUGAAGACCAAAUGUAAGUUUUUGCCACGCUCUUUUUAUUUUAAUUCCUUGUUCUAUGUAUUUUGUAUCUUGUAUCUCCGAACACUUGGGUUAUUUAUGUGUGUAUGUGUGUGUGUGUGUGUGUGUGUUUGCUCUAUUUGUGUUGAAAGGUUUGGUGUAGCACUGAGCAUUAUGGGAUGUAUAAUUCAGCACAUGUGGAGCAGCUGUGUGUACAGUACAUUAGGGCUUCGUAUGUCGGUGCUCGUUACUCAGGCCGUGAGGUCGGGUGGGUUUUUUUUGGGAAGCGUGUGAGAUAUCAUUCAUUUAACAAUGUUUACUCUGAUGAUGAUGAACGUGACGAACGUGUGUCCGGAUGACUGACGCUUUGCACCCGUCGUUGUGUAAACGCACCGUGGUAUGAUCUCGCUGCUGGACCUUCAUGGAAAAAAUGUUUUACUCUACGAAUAAAGAUCGGUGAAACCAG